GUUCUCGGCAUAACUUGAAACGCGCUCAUCCACUAAAGAGCUAUACUGAUACAACAUUGGAUAUUGUUUUUUUUUAUAACUUGCUUGUGGAGUCCAAUAAAACUGUUUGAUAAUUUACUUCUGGAAUUAAAAGAAGAAGCUGUUUAGAUUAAUUAUAUUUUUAUAUUGUAUCUGUGUAAAAUAGCUGAAAUUAUACAAUGAAUUCUUCGACUUUUGCGUUUAUUGCUUUUUAUACUUGUGUUUAUAUAUCGUCUUCGAUUAGCACAGCCUAUGGCUACAAAUGCUCAGGGAAAUGGGCCAUACAUGCCUGUUUUGGAGGAAACGGUAAACGGUCUGGUCCACUACAGAAAUCACUGGAUUCUACCAACGUGAGAGACCUUAGUGCCAGACAAUAUAGUUUACGCGACUUACUGCUGCCCGAAGGCUUUGCCUCAAGAGUACCUACCAACAACGAGCUACUCUUAGACGCUAGAGAUGUAGAUACCGACGUCGAUAGUCUUUAUCCGGAUAUUGAGGGCUAUGCCCGAGCGAAGGACUUAGAAAAAGCUCGAAUGAUGCUGAGCGAACUGAUGUUCCAGAGACACGCCAGGAACUCCCUAAGUAGCGAUUUUGUUGACUUCAAGCGGUAGUCGGGCUUCGCCAUCCUAGCGGCAAAGACGUAUAUUUGCUGCCCCUUUUUAAUGUUGCCAAUAUCAGAAACUUCAUCAACAUUUCCCUUACAUCUCUCUUCCAGAAUCUAUAUGUAUCGGACAUUUCUAUGUGCAAUAUGCCCAUAAUGACAAUGUGGCAUGGUUUUGAACUUUAGUUACCAACAAUAAAUCUGUCUGCACUUAUUUUCAUUCUAUUUACCCUUUUAAAUGUGAAAUAAGGAGUCAGAAAAGUUCAUACUCAUUCACUGCAGCUAGCAGAAAUAUGCUUCUGCUGACAAAAUCAGCAGCACGUUUGACUUUUCGAUGCUCUACAACACUAACAUUGCGAGAAAAGCUCAAUGAUACAGUGAAACUGACUAUUGUAGUUGAGGAAAAGAGCUUUAGUGACUAAAACAAAUGCGCUUCAGUUUACACGAAAAGCUUCAUGAACAUUGUCAAACGCUGUUCAUUUCUAUUAUCAUUAUAUUUUGUUUUGUGUUUGACAACUAUGCUACGUAUUGUUGGGAUGAAAUUUUAUGUAAGCCCAAAUAACUGAACUUCAAACAGAGCUCGACAAAUUAUAUUUUAUACAUUUAUCAACGUACAAUUUAAUGUUAGCAUUCCGAAAACAAACAAAUCUAGAUGGGCUACCCGGAUAAACAAAUGUUCAAUAUUUACUUACUAUUUGGUACAUAAUUCACUUUCAGAUACCAUACAACAAGAUUAUUACCUCGGGAUGUUACUUGAGUAAAUCAAAUUAUACUUCGUAAAAAUUGUAUAGGUAAAGCAAUUUCUCUGAGAUUAACUGGAAUUUGAGCAUGCCAUAUUUCAGUUGAGGAAAGCAAAUUGCUGCGAAAUGUUACCAACCUUCAGAAUGGGAUUUUGGCAGCUUAAUUAUGUUUUGAUAGAAAUUAAACAAUGAAAAGUACAGGGCAAACCCAGUAGUCAAAAGUUGGAAAAGAAACACUGUUUAGGGGCACAAACCAUGAACUGAAAACAGAAAACAUUAACACGCAGAUCAUCUGAUCGUGCGUUUUUUUAAAACGAAAGUGCAACCUGAAUAUGAUUAAACUAAACAAACCAGACAACUCGCACGGAAGAGGUCUGCCUUUCUUCAAUAAUUAAUCAAACAAAUGUCAGUCGACCACUUUCGAGAGUUGUAGGAUUUGUAAAUGGCCAUCUCAAGUUCCCUUUACAUUCAGUCGUCAGUUAAAUUCAUCGCCUAGAUAAAAACUGUUAAUAGCUUUGUUCAUUACAGUUGUACGACAAGGUGAAACUAACAUGUCUCUGUUAUUCAAUGUGGUUUAGUUGGGCUUAUUUAAUUAUUUUGCUAUGAAUACAUUUUUCCAAUUAACUUUUAAAGAUGUGUGUGUUUUUAAUUUAGUACAAACUACAGGUCAGUUAAGAGAUACCGAGUGCUAGGUACAUAUAUAAAUAAAUAGUAAUUACAGUGAACAUUAUUUUGUUAUUGAAACGUCACUUUUGAAUAUGUACUUGCAAUGUCUAUAUUCCGAAUAAAAGAUGAAUAUAAAUUUCA